GCAUAUCCUGCGCGAUGGAUUCCCUCCCCUCACCUCCGUUACCUUGGACCGGAGAGAGAGAGAAGAGGAAAGAGAAAAUAAGGGGUUAGCUAAAAUGGCAAUGGCCACAGCAAGGCUAAUCCACCCAUCCAUGGUGGUGUCCAAGAGCUCAAGAGCGCCACCAGCACCCUUGCUCCUCCACACCCAUAAGCCCCUAACCACCGCACUGACCUCAUCGUUUCACUUCACGCUCCACUCCGUCGACGUCUCCAAGGACGACAAGCCGCUGGACACGGCGCUCGAGACCAAACAAGAAGAUGCAACCGCCGCCGCCGCCGCCGGCGACCUGGCGACACCACUGCCGGGGGAGUUGGACGCGGAGGAGGACAGGCCGAAGCUUGACCCCCGCCGGUUUGAGGAGCAGUUCGCGGUGCUGAACACGGGGGUGCACGAGUGCCGGUCCUGCGGCUACCUGUACGACCAGGCGAAGGGAGAUCCGUCCUACCCGGUGCCCUCGGGGCUGCCGUUCAACAAGCUGCCGGACGACUGGCGGUGCCCGACGUGCGGCGCGGCGCAGUCCUUCUUCGACAGCAAGAGCGUCGAGAUCGCCGGGUUCGCUCAGAACCAGCAGUUCGGGCUCGGCGGCAACUCGCUCACCUCUGGCCAGAAGACGCUACUCAUCUACGGAAGCCUCCUUGUCGGCUUCGCCUUCUUCCUCUCCGGCUACUUCUUGCAAUGAGUACCGAGCUAGGCAUCAUCCUUCCUUUGAUCCAUUCCAGGAGGCUUCUUGCAAUUAGUGAAGAGGAGAAACUGAGUAAGGCUGUUACCGGGUUAAUCUUGAUAAGUACUGUACUAAAUUUGUGUGUAUAGAUACCUAUUGCUUCUGCUACAAAGCGCCCAGCGAGGGGCGAUGUAUAGCAGAGGGGAAAAGGGACAUUUGUUUUGAGGUGCUGGCUAUAAUUUUCUUGUGAAUGCA